UCCUACCUAGGCUCUACUAAAACGAAACAAUCAAAAAUCAUCGGGAUUUUAGCUACAGAUACAACAUUAAACCGCCAAAAUUAAAAAAAAAACAAGGCAAGGGUCAUGACAUCAUACAGCCAAUAGACUAAGGCGAAGGGCGCAUCAAUAUAUCCAAAGAAAGGUCAUGACAGAUAAUUAAUCAAAAUGGCGAACGUUGGUAAAGUUCUGGCCACAAUAAAGGCGGUGAUCACCCGUCUGGUGUUCGCGUGCCAUGGGAUCGUCGCGAUAUGGCAAGUGACAGUUUUCAAAGACAAUAUGGAAUAUUGGUAUUUGGCUUCGCCUAUAUUGUUGCUUAUUUUCGAAGGCGUGUUCACAUUGACCAUUAAGGAGAAUCAGGAGUGGAAAUGGUUCUGUCCGUCUGUAUUCAUAUACCUCGGUCUUGUUGUGCCUGCAAUAUGGCUCAUAGAAUUACACAAGGUGGAUUUGCGACUGCAGAAGAAAACGAACAUCACUUAUAUAGAGACGGAGAUACCAAUCCCUGGUGCGACCAAGAUUCCAACAGACAUGUUGGUGACAUUGAUAGAACAGUUUCUAAUGUUAACUCUCAUUGUGGGAAGAUGGUUGUUGCCUAAGGGUGAUCUGACGAGGGACCAGCUGAGUCAAUUGCUUUUGGUUUAUAUUGGCACAGCAGCGGACAUAAUAGAAUUCUUCGAUUCCUUCAAAGACGAGAAAGUGGCCACGGAAAAAGUGUUGGUCCUGCUCACUCUCGCCAUCUGGUCGUGGUCACUGGUCCAAUUCACGGUCGUCCUGACCGCGACCAAGUCCAGGAAGUCCAGGGGCACCGCACAUAGGUCUGACAUGAACACAAGUCGGGCAUGCUGCUGCUCCAUAGAAGUCUGUGCUAUAAUAAUGAAUAUAGCAUUACAGGACGCGCCAUUUUUGGCGUUCCGACUAUUAAUCAUUGGACACUACAAGAUUAUCAAUUAUAUGAAUAUAUUUUUCACUUGUAAAAAUACUUUGGUGAUACUGCUACAAAUAUAUAGGUUAUACGUUCUUCAUUUGGAAACAGUUGACGAAGGUGGUGACGGUUCUGUUUAUAAAAAGAGAAGGAAACACAAGUCGAGCGAGAGGAAAGAUAAACACAGAGACCAUAAAGCCAAGAAGCACAGGCAUAGAAAAGACAACGCUGAAACCACGAUAGCAGUAAUAAGCGAUCCUAAAAAGCAAGACAGAAUCGACGGCGGUAGGAUUAGAGCAAUCAUUUUAACAAAUUCCGAUGAAAUCAAAGAAUUGGAGUUGACCAAGUUUUUCAAAGAACAAGUUACAGUCGACAAUGAGAAGAAAAAAGGAACGAAAAAGAAACAGAAGACGCAUUCAUCUGAAGAAUCCCUGAACAACAUUCAUCACACAACAGACGAUUCGGGCAUUUGACAUCACCGCGUCCGUCGGGAGAGCCCCAAACGGAGCCCCAGGCACAGGGACAAGCAUGACAGGCAAAAAGAAAAGAAGAAAAAGAGGCGGGAAACGAGCGAAAGUUCCGAUUCGUCAAGCUGAACGAUGACAGUGACGUUUCGAAUUUGACGUUUCGGCGAAUGUCAUUUUGACAGGAGCGCGCGUAUUUUUUGUCUACUCUGUGGAUGUUGGCGGGUUUUUCGAUUGGUGGAAAAGUUUGCCGCCAAUUUGCGGAGGGUUGUUAUUAUUGUUGAGAUUUUAAAACACGGUAUAAUAGAUAAUGGCCUUGAUUUUUUGUCGAAAAGUAAAUAAUUUUUGUAACAUAAAAUACCUAAUGUAACUAAUAAGAUAAUUAAGCUUUGGAUGAAAGAAUCAAAGUCACUUCGUAUCUAUAUUGUGUGUUGUGAGAUUUUCCGAAUUUUUUUUAAGUAUUUUAAAGAAAACUUUCUAUAACGUAGAGUUGGUGUAAAUUAAAAAAACAAAAAUGUUUUAUCAGGCUUCUAAGUAUAAACAUGUAUCAUAAUUGGAACAAAUGUUUAAUUAAUUUUAUUUAAAGGAAAUUAAUGUUACGUACUAUUUAUAAUUCUAGCUCGAUGAAAACAAUUGCGUUUCAUCGAUAUCAAAUAAAAUAUAAUCGUUAUGGAUUAGGACAUAGUUACAAAACUUUUAUAUUCAAGUUCCGGUAAUUUCGAGAUUAAUCGUUUGUAAUGUGAAAUCAAGAUUAUGUAGAGAUAAAAUCAUUUAUAAUGUUGACUUAUUUGCUAUUCAGUACAAUUUUCCCAGACUAAGCUUUUGCUUUCGCAUUAUUUUUCGUGAUAGUUUAUUCAAAUAUUCAAACUAUAAAUUAAUUUAUUAGCCCGAACAUGAACACGCAUGAAGGAUUAAGGGUGUGACCGUAUAAGCAUAUCAGAUUCAGCCUUACUUAUAAACGUCUCUCAAAUAUGUCUAUGGAAAAAAAAUGUUAUAGGACAUUGUGGCCUUAUUAAUUGAGCGAUAUAGUUUCUAGACUAUAAAUAUAAAUGGUUGAUUUUUUUAUUGUGUGUAUCAAUACAUAAUUUUGAAUAAUGAAUUAUUUUUAAACUAAGUAAAUGUUGUCGUGUAAAGUGAUCGAAUAUUAUGAAUGUUUCUGUAAUUUUAAAGUUUAAGGU